UCAUUGUGGUACUGUAUGUAGCACUACGGAGGCAGAAGAAAAAGGACACCCUGAUGACUUCUAAAGAAGACAUCAGAGAUAACGUUAUCCAUUAUGAUGAUGAAGGAGGUGGAGAAGAGGACACCCAGGCUUUUGACAUUGGUGCCCUGAGAAAUCCCAAAGUGAUUGAAGAUAACAAAAUACGCAGGGACAUAAAACCAGACACGCUGCGUUUUCCACGUCAGAGACCACCAGUGGAAGAUAACACAGACAUAAGAGAUUUCAUUAAUCAAAGGCUGCAGGAAAGCGAUGUUGAUCCAAUUGCACCUCCUUAUGACUCCUUGGCAACCUAUGCUUAUGAAGGAAACGGAUCUGUUGCAGAGUCUCUCAGCUCUAUAGACUCCCUUACUACAGAGGCAGACCAGGACUAUGACUAUCUGAGUGACUGGGGACCUCGCUUUAAGAUCUUGGCAGACAUGUUUGGAGAAGAAGAAAGUUAUAACCCUGACAAAGUCACUUAAGUACAGCUACAACAGUGAAAUAAAAAGAAAAGUAAACCAAUAACAAAUUUAAAAGAUAAACCUAAGCUUUAUAUAAGACAGGAUUCCUUUGAUUAUAAAAGACAGCAACUGUUUCCAGCAAGUUACUACAUUUAUCAUUCUGUCAGUUUCGGUUUGAUCUACAAAGGAAAGAUAAAUCCUGUAAUAUACACAGUUUUUUGUUGUUGUUAUUUUGUUACUCUGGAAUUACACUGAGACAAGCUCAGGCCUACAAGUUACAGUUUACUGACGUGACUUAGAAAGAAGAUAGCUUUCUGGCAUCACGGUGGAAGAGUGGUAGCUUUUUCGUAAUUCCACUAAAGUGCCUAUUGAAACUUUUAUCAUUUAAGCAGUAAAGAGUCUGCUGUGAUGGUGUUACAUAACAUAAUGGCAAAUUGGACAAGAACUUUAAGACAAGACGCAAUAGCAACAUGCUGA